AUGCUUUUCAUGUAUAUUAAUUACAAAUUUAUUAAAGUGGAAGCUCCACCCGAAGUGCAGGCGAGGCAGGAGGAGACAUGCUCGUCUGCGGCAGCGGCUGCAGCGUAUGGACCCACAGAGUCUUUAGGUGAAGAUCCAGGCCUUGAUCAAGAGCUCUCUAAACCCUUCAAGGAAGCUUUGGUCUUCCUUCAACGUGUCGAGUGUCAGUUCAAAUCCCUCUCUCUGUCCUCUCCUUCCUCUUUCUCCGGUUACGGAGAGACUGCUAUUGACAGAAACAACAAUGGGUCAUCCGAGGAAGAAGUCGAUAUGAACAAUGAAUUUAUAGAUCCGCAGGCCGAGGAUAGGGAGCUUAAAGGACAGCUCUUACGAAAGUACAGUGGUUUGGGCAGCCUCAAGCAAGAGUUCAUGAAAAAGAGGAAGAAAGGAAAGCUGCCUAAAGAAGCUCGCCAACAGGUUCUUGAUUGGUGGAGCCGACACUACAAAUGGCCUUACCCUCCGGAGCAACAGAAGCUGGCACUGGCGGAAUCAACCGGGCUGGACCAGAAACAGAUAAACAAUUGGUUCAUAAACCAGAGGUAGAGGCAUUGGAAGCUUUCAGAGGAUAUGCAGUUUGUAGUAAUGGACGCAACACAUCCUCAUCAUUACUUCAUGGACAAUGUCUUGGGCAAUCCUUUCCCCACUGAUCACAUCACUUCCACCAUGCUUUAA